UUAGCAGAUCUGUCAACAUGUUUCACCAUCACGUUCGGAUAUGUAACUUAUCGUCACUGGUUUCCGUCAACCCUGUCACUGUCAUCGUCUGUCUUUUGAUCCAGUAUACAAAUCUACAUCUUUAGCCUCGUGUGAACCACUGUUUUUGUUUCAACAGCAGAAAUGGACAACAACUCGACAACUUGUUCAUUUGAAACACAGGGCUACAGUUCAACUUGUAAGCGUAAACGGACAGUGGAAGAUUUCAACAAGUUCUGUACGUUUGUGCUGGCAUAUGCAGGCUAUAUUCCAUAUCCAAAAGAGGAGGCGCACUUGAGAAACAGUUCCAGUCCUCCGAACAGCACCGGCAGCACUGCAGACAGUGAUGGCUGGGAGAAUCAGAGACUCAGCUGCGGUCUGUCAUCUCCAGACGAGCCCCAACACAAGACCCGCAAGAGCUUUACAGGAUUCAAGAGACCUUCAAGCGAGAACUCUGAGCUCCAGAAGCAUCCCAAGUCAGCCGGUCUUCUCCUGGAGGGUCGAAAGAAGGCCGACAAGGUUAAAAAGAAGAAGAAGAAGCUGAGGAAGGGUAAAGGCGAGGAACUGGGAUCGUUCGCCCCGUCUCCUACCAGUUCUGUCAAUUUUGGCUGUACCAUCAAGGAAGAACCGGAAGAUUAUCUCAGCAUUCCAAUGCCCACCACAGUCACGGACGCAGACCAUCCAGCACAUGCUGGCAUACGUUCAACCCCAGCUUUAGGCUCUCCAGGCAUUGCAACGUGUAAAGAAGAGCCUGAUGCGGUGCGUCCAUGUUGGGACGGUUAUAAAAGCUCUGGUCCAGAUUCUAAAUCGGAGGAACCAGAAAAAUCAGCACAACCGGCGGGAGAAGCCAUGGUGUUAAAGGUGGAAGGUUUUCCUGGCAAAAGAACUGUCAUCCGUCAGGGAAAACAGGUGGUGUUUCGAGAUGAAGACGGAUCCGGGGAUGAUGAGGACAUCAUGGUUGAUUCAGAUGAUGACUCCUGGGACCUCGUGACGUGUUUCUGCAUGAAGCCGUUCGCAGGAAGGGCGAUGAUCGAGUGCAACCAGUGCAACACCUGGAUCCACCUCUCAUGUGCCAAAAUUCGCAAGUCCAGCGUUCCCGAGACGUACAUCUGCCAGAGGUGCAAAGACACAAAGUUUGACAUUCGACGCUCCAGUCGCUCGCGUGUGGGCUCUCGAAAACACCUCCUCGACUGAGACUCGUGCCCCUCCUCGUGUACAGAACCUUGCUGCGUCAAGAGUCGUACGCAACGAGUGGAAGUGGAAGGGCUCGGUGACGUCCUUUUGUCACUAAACUGUCACGUUUUUUCCGUUUCUGUUUUUACAAGUUCUCGCCUUCCUAAACGUUUGCGUCAGGCAAUCAAUACACUGAUGAUGCAUUAAAGACUUUACAGACGUCAGCCAUACAAACUAUAGACGGUCGAAGUCUACGACUGAAGGUAUUCCACAAUAGGGAGUAGAGCGUCGGAUUGCACUUUUUUAAGAACACCUAGAGUACCUAGAGAAGCCACUUUGUACCGAUAGCUUUCACAAGUAUGUCUAUUUGUCAGAGUAUGUAUUGUAUAUUAUAUAAAAAUAACCUUGAGAUAUUAGAGGAGUUUAGAGUCUUUUCUGAGACCCCCAAAUGUGCACGAGAGAGAGUUGGACUCACUGGAUAAUGUUGAUCGAUGUUUUUCUUUGCAGUGAAACAUCAGAAACGGUUCCUGUUAUAUUGUGGUAUUCCUGGAUUUGUUCUAAAGAACACAGCAAGAACUUAAGGAUCACACAAGUGUACUGUAUGUGUUAUUUUCACAGCCUGGUUAAUGUCUGCAUUUUCUGCUCUUUUAUGAAAAAGAUAACAUAUGUUGGUUUGUUUUCAAUUUUGACUAGACAGGAUGCUAUUUUUCACUUUUGUUUUUGUCAUGCUAUGUCUCGUGCAUUUUUGUUGAAUUAUAUGUUAAACUAGGUAAAUUGUGUAAUUACGAGUUCUGAAUUAGAUGCUGUUACGGCUGUUAGCUUUGGGAAGCGGUGGGUUUAGCAACAUCCAUUUCAUCUAAAAUCAAACUGUACUCUUUGUUUUACCAACAAUUUGUUGUCCAGAUGGUUAUUUUUUGUAUUUCCCAUUUUCAGUGGUUGGUUAAUCAUUACUUCUAAUAAAGUAUUUUUCCUCAUUUAAAAUAAUUUAAAAGCAGUGCAAAAUGUACAACAUGAAACUAUACAUAUUUUAAAAAAGGCACAAUGCACAGAAACAUAAUCAUACUAAAUUUAGGCGUUUUUCUUUAUUCCAUUUUGCAUGUGUCUUGCAUGACAGAUUUCUUCAGAUUCAUUCAAAGGUCAAAACUUCUGUGAUGUGUGACAUUGGAUGUUGUUGUGAGCUUGUAUGUCUUUAAGAAUCAUUCAUAGAUUUGUAGUUCAUGCUAACAGCGGUAAACCGUCGAAUCUGUGUAAUAUUUAAUUGGAAUGUUGUCAUUUUCAUAGGCAUGCUCGGAUUAAACAGUUUGGUUGUGUUCCUUUCACUAAUCAACUCAAAAAUGUUGAUUUUUAUGUUUGAUUGUUUGUUUACUUCCUAAUGACAUUACUACAGUCCCUUACAGAAAAGACACAUGAAUUUCACAUGUGAUCACAUGUAUACAACAUGUGUUUAACAUGUGCAAAAAACACGUGUGAUCACAUGUGAAAUGUGUGUUUUUGGAACAUUUUGGUGUGAAUUCCAUGUGAAUUCCCACGUGAAACCCAUGGGAUAACAUGUAAAAACCCAUGGGAUGACAUGUGCAACAUGUGGGGACGUGAAGAACAUGUGAUCACAUGUGGAGACAUGUCGCAUAUGUUAUCCCAUGGGUUUUUACAUGUUAUCCCAUGGGUUUCAUGUGGGAAUUCACAUGGAAUUCAGACCAAAAUGUUCCAAAAACACACAUUUCACAUGUGAUCACACGUGUUUUUUGCACAUGUGAAUUUCGUGUGUCUUUUCUGUAAGGGGUGGGACAUGUUUUUAUUACUUUUACUCUAAAUUACUGUUCAGAGAUAUAAACAUUGCAAAGGAGGGAAAUUAUUUUGCACCUUUAGUUCAGAUCUGGUACUUGCAGAAUCUUUGUGGUAGUAUUUGAUAUUUGUUUCAAACUUUCCACCUCAAUGGAAGUUUGCAUGUCUUCUGCAUUAUGCAACACAUUCUGCCUAGUUUGAAAGCUAUAAAAGUUUGCUUCAUAUUUCCAAGCCGCUAUCUUUAACUAUGACGUCUUUUUUUCUUGUUCUUAAUGUAAAAAGACAAAUAGCUAUGAUAGGUUUUGACCUGUUGUGUUGGGUAUGAUAUCUUUUAUGUAAUAAGUUAUUAAAAUUCUGAUAGUGGCCUGGUCAUAUUUUCUAAUGAGUCCGUGGACAGUCUCCACUAUGUUUAGGCACAUUUUAAAGCAUAUUGAAACUGGAAAUCCUUAAAACUGUAUUAGAAAGAAUUUGUCUGAGGUCUUCCUGUCAAAAACAAUUUUGGGAUUUACUGGCAGAGCUAGAUCAAACCUUUUUUUCUAUGUUUUGUUGAAAACUCUCGAUUGUAAAUUUAUUUGCGUAGUCAUAUUUUUUAUUAAUCAUUAAUCAAGGGUUUCAUGGAAAAUUGUUGCUGUACGUUUGUUUUGUACAAUCACAAUGUGCUUACGAGGUGUGAUUUCAGGGCUGUUUGUGCGCAGGAGACAGAAGGACUGUUAAAGUUUCUCACACUGUUAUGCCAUUGUCCAAUAAAAAAAAGAGAUGUUUCUGUGAAACUUCGUGUUGUAAACUGUUUAAAAUAAAGAGAAUGAGGAUUUU